CGUCCAUCCAUCCAUCCCUCCAUUACGGCAGAGCCCUUUUUUUCCUCUCCCAGACUUUGUACCUGCAUUCCAGUUCGCCGCCUCCUGUGCCUGUUGGCUUGCCCGCUACUGAGUUUCCUCUCGCAUUCGACCCCGAAACCUAACGACCAGCACAGCCGCAACCUUGGAAUCACCGACAGCUUUCGCGCGCGCGCGCGAUAUGUGUUGAGAAGGGGAGCGAGCGUUGUCGCGCAUCGAGUUGCGUCGAGUCCGCGGUAGGGGUUCGCAUUCACGCUUGUCAGCAUACCAACACCCGAGAAAAAAAACGGGAUCGUGACUACCGACGACUUCGCCGGGACGAGGAUUGCAGAGUCAACGAGCAACGGCACCAAACGCUAUGUUGUAGCUGCCGGCACCUAGUUGUACCCCAUCUACGCCGCGCCCUACGUCGCACCAUUCACCACUUCAAGGGCGCCAGGCUAAAUCGUGCCAUUGCCACGUUUGCCUCUCCGAUCGCCGACGGUGUGUCAGCGCCGCUUCUGCCAGCUUCAGUCAUCAUUCCUGCAAGUCAUGGGAUAGAGCCGCCAGAGUGGCGAGACAGCCUUCGUUCGAGCAUACACGCUUGCCGAAAAUCGGGCGCCACCAACGACGUCCGUCACGACGAACCUGCAGAAGCAGGUUGACGUUUCGCGUCGGUCAAGUUUUUACUCGACACCACGCAACGACCGACAAACCUAAUCAUUGUUGUUGCACUCGAGCCUCCUAGACAACAAGCACGAUCAUUACAUAUAAACCAUUGCUUGUACUUCUGCCCCUCCGCCUGCGUCAACAUUCCGCACCGAAACACACCCUUCUACAAAGCUGUCAAACACCCGCAUUCCAUUCCUGCGCAGUCACAAUGUCUUUCUCUAACGGUGUUGGAGGCACGCUUGCACUGCCAUCGCCUACGCAUGCCCAUCACAUGGACGUGACGCCAGGCAUCCGCAGUUUGCGACGCUCCAUCUCGAGAUCACCCUCCAAGUUCUUGUCUCGCGCAAGUUCACAGAGCUCCGAAAGCUCCCAGCAAGAUUCACCACAGUCGCCCUGUCGACGCUUUGGCCCAACACCACAUCGACCGCAUCUGGCCCCUUCGCACCCGCAGACGGCUCCUCCGGCCGUGACUUCGGCACACGCGUCUACGUCGCACCAGUCUUCCUUCACGCCGCAGCGCACAAACGUCAGGUUGUCACUUCGCUCAGCCAAAUCUGCAAAGACAUCUUCGCCCUCACGACCGCUCGCCAGAGCACGCGUCUCGCCCAGGAGUCCUCUGAAACGAGCCUUGAGCGCCGCGCCGGACGCAGCAAACGUGUCGUACACGCCAUCGCCUUCUCCCCCGUCGACGGCUUCACCCGGCCAGGAAAAUACCGGAGCCACCUUUGGCACAGUAACGCGUAAGAGUUCGGACAGGCCCGCGCGCCAUAGCGUCCACAUUGACGUUACUGGAAUCGCGUCGCAGUACUCGUUCCUGAAAGCCCUGGACUCCAACAACGAAUCGUACAUGGUAACGACGACGGGCGCACUGAAGCGCAGUGAUGCGACCAUGAACCUGGACCACCCCCAUCAGGGCAGCCCUGUUGCCAAGAGACGAAGCUUGCAUGGGAUUUCAAGCUUCGCUCAAACUGAUGACUUCAACAUCUUUGGCACCAACACAAGCACAUCCCACAACUUCGAUAUCCACGAAGACUCUCAACCUGAAUACGAGCUGGCCGGAGCUAUCGAAGGUGGCGGCGACGAGGACGAAACCACUCCCUCUCGUGAUACCUUGUUCUCCCCUUCGCCCGCUUCCAACGUGCCGAAGCGGUCCUCAUCCCUGCGAAAAUCUACAUUGCAACAGCGAUAUGGCGACAAAGGCUCCUGGGGAAGGAGGACGGGCGAGCGCCAACUUGCACAAAUGAGUGCUGAGGCGGCCACACCAGUUCGCAAUAGACCCCGUCUUUCGACGGAGCAUUUCCUGCCGCCGCAACUUUCCCGCGACAGCCCUUUCGGCCCGGGCGCUCCGCUGCCUAACGCAUCGAUGCAUGCUUUUGAUGCCAAGGGUCAUCAGCCUCACCCUCUCUCCAAGUCUCUCACGACUUCAAGCUCCGGCAACAGCCUGACCGAGGAGACAUCCGGCGACGCACCUGCCGUUCAGGUUGUGGAAAAGCCCAAGCCGCAUCCAUUUUCUCGUUCGUUGCCGCUCAACGCAACGCGACCAGUGGCCCGCCCGAUGUACGACCAGUCCAGGUCUGUCGCAACCCCAAGCCAAUCCAGUCAGCUUUGGUUCGGCGCCUUCAACUCGACAGGACUCAUCUCCAAGGUGAACCGCAACCCGGAAGAUGACGAGAAGAAGUUUGCGCCGCCAGACACACCUUGCAAGAAGCAGUCGAAUCCGUUUGCGACCUUUCCCCCGCUUUCAGGAAGUGCUAUCAAAAGAAAAGGGAACAACCGGAAUUCUUUUGCGGGCAUCCCUUCUACACCUUUCAACAGGCCAUCUAGCCGGGGGACGGACACCUUUGGCCAACCCGGAAAAGGUCUUUCCAUCUUCCAGCGCGGUUCAGCGGCGAAGGGAUCUCGUCGUGGUAGCCUUCUAAGCCUGGAAGGCGAGGAUCGAAUGCUCUUUGACGAGUCCAAUGAGCUAUCUAGCGCGCUCGAUGCGGAUAUACCGCCUACGCCCACCAAGAACACGCUUGCUUCCAGCUUGAGCAAUCUGAGCGAACAGUCACUCGAGAGCCCGAGCGCGAGCCGGACGUUUACCCUCCCCCUUUCGGCCGCGAAGCCUGCUCCUUCGCGAGAGUCAACGUGUAAGUCGAAUCUCGACGUUGUCAGCGAGUCGACGGCCGGGGACGACGAGGCAUCCAUCGUGUGCACUAGUCGGCCACCGACCAUCGAUCGCGAACCGUCCCCCACCCCCUGCUUGGCGCCGCGGCCGUCAUUCAGCCGCUCGAGAGUCCACAGGGGCAUCAUGGCGCCGUCUCCGCUCGCCCCUCAGACCUCACUACUAUCCGUACCCCGAUCGGAGAGUACAUUCACUAAGCUUGCAUCUGUUGAUCCAGCGAGUCCUGUUGACGGGCGGCGGACGCCUCAGACUCCUCAGGAGAGCCUGCUGCCUCUUGAUACAAGUCGGUUGUCUAUAUCCCAGGCGUCCGACAACCACCGAGAAAGCAGCAUGCCGCCUCCUGUUACGCCCACAGCGGGCCGUGACUUCAGAUCAUCUACUAGCAGCAUCUUUGUGACGCCAAUUAACGGCCGCACGGGCAGCGUCGAUGUCGAUGCGAGCCUGUACUCAAGGUUUGACAAAGUUGAGCAAGUUGGCCGCGGCGAGUUCUCCACGGUCUAUCGCGUGACCAAGCUGGAGCACGCCAACGUCUUCUCGGCAGGCAGCUUCACGCCCAGCCGCAGUCCAGCAAAAGGGCAGGUGUUUGCUGUCAAAAAGAGCAAGCAAGCCUAUCAUGGCCACAAGGACCGACAGAUCAAGCUGCGGGAGGUCUUCGCCCUACAGGCGCUUACGCAUGCCGAGCAUGUGGUUCAAUAUGUCGACAGCUGGGAACACAAUUUCCAUUUGUAUAUACAGACGGAGUUCUGCGAAGAAGGCACACUGGACAAGUUUUUGGCCACUGUGGGAUGCGGCGGGCGUUUGGAUGACUUCCGCAUCUUUAAGAUCUUGCAGGACCUGUGCUUGGGAUUGAAAGAAAUCCACGACAUCGGCUACAUGCAUCUGGACAUGAAGCCGGCGAAUAUUCUCAUCACUUUUGAGGGGGCCCUGAAGAUUGGGGAUUUUGGCCUUGCUCAGCCUAGCACUUCACCGACAGAAGAGGUCGAUGUGGAAGGUGAUCGCGAGUACAUGGCCCCGGAGAUGCUGCGAGGCAAGGCAGGCAAACCCGCCGACAUCUUUUCCCUGGGGCUCAUGACCCUGGAAAUGGCGACCAACUGCUCCCUGCCGGAGAAUGGCCCUACUUGGGUAGCUCUAAGGUCGGGCGACCUCUCCGAGGUUCCAAGCCUUACGUGGAACCCAUCGAUCGAGGUGCAGCGUGACGCAACCGGCAACCCAACGGGCAACAGCGACGAUUUGCUGGACGAGGGUUCCCACAGCGCCAACAACCUCUUUGGAUCACUUAAGCGGUCGGAGCUGCGACAGCCCCCGGAUUUCAUGGUGGAGUCUUUCCACCCGAGUUCCCUCGACUCGAUUGUGAAGUGGAUGACAGCAGAAGACCCGGCGGAGCGACCCACCAUCAGCCAGGUACUUGAGCUGGAGGGCCUGCGCUGGGUAUCGGAGCAUCGAAAUGCUCCAGCCACAGUCUACGAAGGCAACUGGGGCCCGGCGGAGAUGAUGCCUGUGGCGAUUGCCUCUCUGGAUUGCGACACGGAAAUGACGGAUGUUUAGACGAGGGUCGACAGAGGAGCUGAUGGAAACGGCUCCGCACUCGUCUUGGGAUUGCCCGUUGGUGGUGUUGGGCCAACUAGCAUUGGAACUGUUCGGCAUGCGUACUGGAAAACGUAUGGGCGGAUAACACAUGGGAGUUUGGCGAGUCUAUCAUUGGGUCGGCGCAGGGAAGGAACAUGUCCUGUUUGAAGCGACAACGACCCGAACGUUUGCUUAUGCACUACACGACGAGGCCACGACACACGACGACAAGAUGUUUUCCUUUGUCUGUUGAGAUGUGGCCCCUUGUGGGGCUUGGGAGGAGCGCGCGAGAUCGCCGAGUCCUGGGUCAAAAAGUCUCGCGAUACACGCUGCGUUGGGGGAGGGAUACACGAUACACGCCUCUGCUUGGUGUUGGCCUUGAGGGGCCUUGUCUCAGUCGAAGAGCUGCAGACCGGGGGGAAGGGGGAGGGAGUGCGUCUCCAAGUGUUGGGACGGCGUGUACAGAGUAUAUGAGUUCGUUGAAGAAAGGCGGCCAGAGCACUGCAUGACAAUCUCAGCAGGGGCAGCUCCGGGCCAUGUACAGGUAUACACUGGGUAUUAGGCGGGAGGAGGCAUUGGUAGAGCUCGUCUGAGCAACAUGGAUCUCGAGGCGAUGGCCCCGAAGCCGGUCUGAUUUGGUGCUGCUCACGAUUCUAACGAUGAUGAAUGGACUGAAUAUGCUAUUAGCC